CAAGUGAUAUCUUGUUUAUUAACAUCGACAGGAAUAUUUAGUACUUUUUUAACAAACAAAUUCAAUAUUAAUUUACCAACAUUACAGAAUGCGAUUAGUUACACGACAUUGUUGGCAUUUUACUUUCCUUUAUUGCUGGUUCACAAAUGGUGUUUUCCAGUUGUGAAGAAACCAUGGAAAUACAUCUUCUUUGCUUUUGCUGACGUGGAGGCCAACUUUUUGGUUGUUAAGGCCUAUCAGUACACAACCAUUACUUCUGUCAUGCUCUUGGAUUGUUUCACAAUUCCAAGUGUCAUGUUACUGAGCUUUUUAUUUUUGAAUAGAACUUAUAGGUGGACUCACAUUGUAGGUGUUUUGAUUUGUUUGACAGGUUUAGGGCUUUUGGUAUUGAGCGACUAUUUGAGAAGUAUUAGUGAGGAACAUCAUCAAACUUCGGAAAAUCCAUGGUAUUACCUAUUGAUGGGCGAUGCCUUCUGUAUUGUUGGCUCAUUUUGCUAUGCUAUCAAAGUUUCCAAACCAAGACUCAGUGACAAUGAUUGUGCCAUUGAAUAUUUGGGUAUGGUAGGAUUAUUUGGAACUAUCAUUGCCAUCAUUCAAACACUCAUUUUCGAAAGAGAAGAUAUCAUGAACACAAAAUGGACACCUCAAUCAAUGAUGUACAUGGCUGGAUUUGCUGCUUCCAUGUUCUUUAUCUAUACCCUUGUUCCUCACUUGAUUAGAUGGAGUAGUGCAACCUUUAUGAAUCUUUCCUUCCUGACGAGUGAUAUCUUUGCAGUCAUUGCUAGUGUAUUCCUCUUUGGUCAAUCAGUUUAUCCACUCUAUUAUUUUGCCUAUGCCAUUAUUGCCAUUGGUUUAGUUUUCUACAAUCUCUUACAGGAAGAAGAAAGAAAAUCAAAG